GAAUAAUUUAAAAAUUAGUGUCCUUUAGUUUAUAGUUUUAGGGACUAAAUUGAUUGAAUUGAAAGUUUGGGGGCUUUAAGUAGAAUUAAGUAGAAGUUGAGUGACCAUAACUCAAUUAUACCAAUUUUACUUACCACAUGGCAUUUUCCCAACCAAGUUUUUGUACCGAAGAAGAAAGAUGAGUCAAGGAGACAAUACUUCUACUCCUCCUCCUGCUGAUGACAACAACAAUAAUGCCACACAAAACACUGGUGGCAAUUCACAACAAACAGUGGACUCUAAAGAAGGAAAUGAGCAGUUGACAUUGGUGAAGCAAUUUCAGAACAUGAACCCGCCUAGCUUCAAGGGAGUUCUUGAUCCCGAUGUGGCUAAGUCUUGGGUUAAGAAAUUAGAAAAAAAUGUUCAAGCUCCUGAAAUAAAGGAACUAGAGUUCAUGAAUUUGAAACAAGAUGACAUGACAGUUGAUGAGUAUCAAGCUAAAUUCAGUUCUCUUAUGAAGUUUGCUCCUCACCUUGUUAAUGAUGAAGUUAGGAAGGUAAGGAAGUUUCAAAGAGGGUUGAAAGCUUCCAUUAGGAACAAGGUGGUUCCUCAAAUGCUAAAGACUUAUGAUGAGGUCUUGGCCACGGCUCAAAUAAUUGAGCAAGAUAUGGAGGAGCAAAGAAUGGAGACUCAUGACUCAAAAGGCAAGGGAAAGGCUAUCAACACCUAACCUUUCAACAAGAAGGGUGAACAAAGGGGAAAAAGGAAGAUCCCCGAAAGCAACAGACCAAGUUUUGAUUUUUGUAAGAGGUGCGGUAAGAACCAUGGGGGAAAAGAAUGUUAUUGGCAGACUGGGGCAUGUUUCAAAUGUGGGAAGAUUGACCACUUGAUCAAGGAUUGCCCGGUUCUCAAGGGAGCAAGUCAGCAGCCAAAGGAUCAAGAAAAUAAGAAGCCCAAGGUUCA